AUGGUGAAGAAGGAAACCAAGAGCAACAAAAUCCAAAUGUCGAUUACUACCAAGAGCUUUUGGAUGUUUCUUGAAAUGCUAUGGUUUAACCGGCAGAAAGGUCAGCUGUCUCGAGCGAUUUCUGGAAUAUUGAGGAGAAAGUUUGAUGGGCCUUACUACAGUUGGAAGGUUACUCCAGUCAACAUUCAAGAGCGAUAUUUCAGGACAUUUGCGCGGAAGUACAAUUGGGAUAUCGACAUUACUAAGCUCGUUAAAGCAGGUUUCUUGAAGAUAGCCAAGAAAAGGAUGAAAGGAAUUGUCAGUCAAGCUAGGAGGAGUGGUGUACAACCACCAUGGAUUGGUGAAAAAUUAUGGCCUCUUAUGGUGGAAUAUUGGAAGACCCCUGAUGCAAUUGAGAAGAGUGAGAAUGCUUCACAGUGCAGAAACUCUGAUCGUGGAGGUCUUGGAGUGCACAAACACUUAGCUGGUCAGAAAUCAUUUGUGCAAAUUCAUCAAGAGAUGGAGGAAGAGUUGGGGCGUCCUGUGUCACUAGUGGAAGUGUUUCUUAAAACACACACUCGUCCGGAUGGAACAUUUGUGGAUCAAAAAGCCAAACAAGUUGCUGAGACAUAUGAUAGGACCAUAGAAGAGAGACAAGCUGAAACAGAGGUAGAUGGUCCAGAUGGUUCAGAGAGUUCAACACAUCAUAAUCUUUCCCUUGAUGAAAGAAAUGAAAUCUUCCUUCAGUGUACUCAUACAGACCACAAAGGCAACCCAUUUGGACUUGGAUCACUUGUGGAGACACUAAAGAAAAGGAAAAGGGCAGAGAGUUAUACAAGUGCUUCUUCAACAACUCUUGGGGAGCUUCAAGAUGAACUUCGGCGCAAGAUUUCUGAACAAGAGGCUGAGAAUGCACGACGUGAUCAGGAACACCGAGAGUCUCAAGCUGAACUGAAGAGGCUUCUCCUCUAUAUGAAAGAAAAAAAUCCUGAGUUUGAAGCUUUUAUGGUUUCUCCUCCUGAAUCAUCCACACCUCCAACCACCCAUCCAGCUACCGCACCUGCAACCAAUGCACAACUCACUGGCGGAGGAACCACACCAGGAACCACACCAGUCUCCAGUCCAGCUGCUAAUUCUCCUUCCUCUAAUACUGCUUCUAAUUGA